UUUGGCUGUGAAUACUGAUCAUGGGGAUAUCUUACUGGAUUAUUCAAAGAACCUUGUUACAGAAGAAGUGAUGAAAAUGCUGAUGGAACUGGCAAAGUCAAGGGGUGUGGAAGGUGCCAGAGAGCGCAUGUUCAGUGGAGAGAAGAUCAACUUCACUGAGAACCGAGCUGUGCUUCAUAUUGCUCUGAGAAAUCGUUCCAAUGUGCCAAUACUUGUAGAUGGGAAGGAUGUUGUUCCAGAAGUAAACAAAGUGUUGGACAAAAUGAAACACUUCUGCCAGAGAGUCCGUAGUGGUGAAUGGAAAGGCUACACUGGAAAGGCAAUCACUGAUGUGGUCAAUAUUGGGAUUGGUGGCUCUGACUUGGGCCCUCUGAUGGUAACUGAAGCCCUGAAACCAUAUUCCAAGGGAGGCCCUCGUGUUUGGUUUGUGUCCAACAUUGAUGGUACUCACAUAGCCAAAACCCUGGCUGAGCUUAAACCAGACACUACGCUUUUCAUCAUUGCAUCAAAGACUUUCACCACCCAAGAAACUAUCACCAAUGCAGAAACGGCCAAAGAGUGGUUCUUGCAUGCUGCUAAUGAUCCUUCAGCUGUGGCCAAGCAUUUUGUUGCCUUGUCUACCAAUGGUCCUAAAGUUAAAGACUUUGGAAUUGACCCAGAGAACAUGUUUGAGUUUUGGGAUUGGGUUGGUGGCCGCUACUCUCUGUGGUCUGCCAUUGGUCUGUCCAUUGCCCUGCAUAUUGGUUUUGACAACUUUGAGAGCCUGCUCACAGGAGCCCACUGGAUGGAUAAUCACUUCCACACUGCCCCACUGGAGAAGAACAUGCCUGUUCUGUUGGCCAUGCUGGGGGUCUGGUAUAUAAACUGCUAUGGAUGUGAAACCCACGCCCUUCUGCCCUAUGACCAAUACAUGCACCGCUUUGCUGCCUACUUCCAGCAGGGUGAUAUGGAAUCUAAUGGCAAAUACAUUACCAAGAAAGGCUCUCGUGUGGACUACAAUACCGGACCUAUUGUGUGGGGAGAACCUGGCACCAAUGGACAGCACGCUUUUUACCAGCUCAUUCAUCAAGGAACUCGCAUGAUUCCCUGUGACUUUCUGAUCCCAGUCCAAACCCAGCAUCCAGUCAGAAAUGGCUUGCAUCACAAGAUCCUUUUGGCCAACUUCCUUGCUCAGACUGAGGCCUUGAUGAAAGGAAAGACUGCUGAUGAAGCUCGUAAGGAACUGCAGGGAGCAGGACUGAGUGGAGAUGCUCUGGAGAAGCUCCUUCCCCAUAAGGUCUUUGAGGGAAAUCGACCAACCAAUUCCAUCGUGUUUACAAAACUGAACCCCUUCACUCUUGGAGCCCUCAUUGCCAUGUAUGAGCACAAGAUAUUUGUUCAAGGAGUUGUCUGGGAUAUUAACAGUUAUGACCAGUGGGGAGUUGAGCUUGGAAAACAACUUGCCAAGAAAAUUGAGCCUGAGCUGGAGUCAGAUGCUCCGGUGACAUCUCAUGAUAGCUCAACAAAUGGGCUCAUCAAUUUCAUCAAAAAACACAGAGCCUGAAAUGAAAGAUUUUGAGGACAUCGACAAUCUAACCACCAAAUACCCAAAUCUGUUGUAGUUGUGCUUUUUGCGCCACUUCUAACAAAAAUAGCACUUUACGGAUGUAGCUUCUUCACUUGUUGCAGUUAAUCUUGUUGUCAAGUGUUACAAAUGAAAACUAGUUUUGUGAAACCCAGAGAUUGUAUAGUUGCUUUCUAUUUUUGUGGCUGUUAAUCUGUAAAGUGCAGCUGGUAUGUUCCUCAGUUCUUAUCCCUCAACUUCCGUAAAGAUGGUCACAUACUGAUACUAGAAAAUAAAAGGUACGAUGGAUGAGUAAAACUUCUUCACUCUGUAUCUUUAAAGUGCA